AUGGCGCGUAGGGAGGCAGAAUUCAAUUUGAUUAUUCAUGUUAUGGGUAGGAGAGCAUACCAGGUUGCCCACGCAAUUUGACUGUACGCAUGUUGGUUGAGAAUCUUGAGUUCUUACACAAAUAUCAAACUUGCCAGUUGUGAUUUACCAACAGAAGAGUAUCAGAUUUCUGGUCCUUGGUGCCAUAUUCUUGAUGCUAUUCUGAAAGCAAUAGUGGGGUGUUGAGAGGUUUUCUGUUGUUGGUUUUCUUGGUGAUGUGGGAUGUGCUUUUGUGAUAUGGGGAAGAUGGGUUUUUUGUCUGAGCCAUUAAGAGUCUGAUACUUUGUUUUGAUUUGUGAGAGGAACAAAAAUGAAGGAUUUUCCUGGGACUCCUGGGACUUUAACUGGGCUUCUUCUCAGGAUUUUACAAUGCGUCUUUGCUGCUGCCUCUAUUGCUUCCAUGGCCACCACCUCCAGCUUCUUCAAUUUCACAGCUUUCUGCUACCUGAUUGCUUCAAUGGGUCUGCAAGUGAUUUGGAGUUUUGUUCUGGCAUUGUUAGAUGCAUAUUCCUUGAUGAAAAAGAAGGCCCUCCACAACCCUGUAUUGGUCAGCCUCUUUGUAGUUGGAGACUGGGUUACAGCAACACUGUCUCUUGCAGCUGCUUCUGCUUCAGCUGGAAUAACUGUCCUAUACUUUAGUGACCUGAGCCACUGCAGUUUCGGAGAGGAAUGCCAAAAAUACCAGAUGGCAGUUGCUUUUGCUUACCUGAGUUGGGUAACAAUUGCCAUUUCUUCUCUAAUCAUGCUCUGGCUAUUGGCAGCAGUGUCAAUAGUCAAUAGUCAAUACUCAAUAGAAAAGGAAACAAACUGGAUAACAGUACAAUACUCAAGAAAUUACUCUCAUUACCUUGUCUUUUGUUUGGAUGGAGUGGGAUUAGAAUUGGGAAAUGGUUGUAUCAACAACGGAAACAUAUGUGUACUUGCAGACUUGAAUUAUUAGGAAAAAGAAUCAAUUCUAGUUGGAAUAUGUCCAAAUUUAUGAAGAUACCAAUUGGUUAGUGACUGAAGAAGCUCAAACUCCAAGCAAAGUGCUGUCUAUAAUUUUGUGUGGCUGAGUUGGAGACAGCCUGGGUUUACUGUAUGCUUUUGUUAUAUUAAAAACUGGGGAGAACUGUGUAUGGUCUACAAUGAUUUUGUAUAUGUACAACAACUAAAAUUCUGUAUUGUUGAGCUUUCUAUUUAGUUUAUGAUAUUUC